CGAAUUUCAGUAAUCAGAGAAUUAAAACAGAGUUAACAAAGGUAGAGAGUGCAGACUUCGAGCAAGAUGGCGGAGAGCGAGGUAGAUUUCGGCAACCUCUUCAAGAAGAAACCAGACAGGUCACAGGAUGAACAGAAUAAGAAUGAUAACCGCCGGGAGCCACCGCCACCCGCGGCACUCAACUUCGACCCUCGCGAUUGGUACUACGACAUGUCGGGGGACAAGAUUAUGGUCAUAUUUAACCAUAACACCUAUAAGAGGACACGAUAUUUCAGAGACAAGAAACCAACGUCACGUACGGGCACGUUGUGCGACGUGCGUGCACUGACUGAGACCUUCUCCAAACUGGGCUUCCAAGUCACGCCCUACCAUGAUAUGACGCACGAUCAGAUCCUGACGACACUCGGCGAGUUGUGUGCGCAACAACAUACCAACACGUCGUGCGUAUGUGUAUGCGUACUUACGCACGGCGAGAGCGGGGGAGAGUUGUUCGCGAACGACCGCCCGUACGAAAUGAGCGAUCUACUGAACAAGCUGCAAUACAACGCGCCCGGCCUGGUAGGCAAGCCGAAGCUAGUAAUCGUGCAGGCUUGCCGCGGAGGGACAGUGGACGCGGGGCAGGUCGUGCAGCUGGACGGUAUCGGGGACCCCACGCGGCUGCCUUCCCAUGUGGACACCCUGGUGCUCACCUCCUCAGUAGAAGAUUACGUGUCUUGGCGGGACUAUUACGGGUCGUGGUUGAUCCAGGAGCUGUGCCGCGUGGUGAACGCCACCUACCGACACUUAGAUGUAGUACAGAUGGCUGCCCUUGUCACUUCGCUCGUCGCACGCGAACGCGAGUCCAACACGCCGAGCAACCUGACGACCCACAGAAUGAAGCAGACUCCCGAAUUACGCUCGACCCUCACCAAAUUACUCCGCUUCGACUUGUAG